UAGAUAAAGACUUGUUAAUUGUCCUCGUCACCAUCGUAUCAUUAUCAUCAAUCAAUCAUCAUCAGCAUAAAGACAGAAAUAAAAGAAGCAAGCAAAUGUGAAAGGAGAGGAAAAGGGAAAGACUCUUGGGAAAUGGAUGAGCUUCUCUGCGAUGAGCUUAUCCAAGAAGUCUUCUACCGCCUUCCCCCUUCCUCCUCCUCCGCCGUCUCCCUUGUCUCCAAGCGCUGGUGCCGCCUGCUCCGCUCCUCCACCACCUCUAUUUCCCUCUGCUUCCCCCCUCCCCACAACCCCACCACCAUCGCUUCUUUAUCCGCCUUUCUUUCCCACCACCCCUUUCUCUCUUCAGUUUCUCUCGCCGGCGACUGCCCUGACUUCGGCGAUCCUCUCCUCCUCGCCGUUGCCUCUUCUUGCCCCAACCUCCGGAAACUCCGCUACUUGACCUCCCCAGUUUCGUACUUUUCUCUUUCCACUCUCUCAAUCUCUUGUCUUCAUCUCUCGUCAAUUGCUAUCACUAUCUCAAGGCCUCUGUCUUUCCAUUGGUUGCCGUCGUUUAAUUCCUUAAAAUGCCUAUCGCUUUUCUUGGUAAGCCCUUCAACAGAAUUUGAUAAUCCCGAAGUCAAAGAAAUGAGAGAUUCUGUCUUUGAUUCGGAGUUGAAUUUGGAAAGCCUUUCCUUGUGUGGAAUCUUGCCCGGGGAUAGUGGGCUUAGCUACCUAUGGAGAAACUGUAAGAAUGUAAAGAAACUGCGGCUGAAGAGCUGCGAAAGCCUUGGAGAUUACUCAUCCUUUUCUUGUUUCUCCAAGUUCUUAAGUGGUCUUAAAGAACUGGAGCUGAGAACUUGUAGGAGUAUUUUCAAUGGGGUGUUAUUGAAAUUGGCUGAGAACUGUGUUUCUCUUGAUUCGUUGUUGGUUUAUGAUGGUGGCAGCGGAGAGGGUUUGCUCCAAUUCAUUAAUCAGUGCAAGUGCAGUUUAAGGAGGCUAGAUUUGAGGUUGCCUCUUGAUCUUGAUAACUCCCAUUUAAUUGCCUUAGCUGAGAAUUUGAACUUCAGGGGCUUGGUGAGUUUAAGGUUGCAAAGUUGCUGUUUUGUUACUGGUGAGGGGUUAAAGGUUCUUGCCAGGGCCAUAGGUAAUGUGCUAGAGGAGCUUGCUUUGAUCAACUGUGAUAUGGUGGAGAGGGAAUCCGGUUUGUUAGCUGCUCUAGGACAGGAUUUGAAGAGGUUGAGGAAAUUGGACUUGUCGUACAAUGACAUGCUGCUUGAUAAGGAGCUUGUGUCGAUGCUGGUUUCAUGUAAUUGUUUGGAUGAACUGAAGUUGAGGGGUUGUGCAAGGUUGUCCAAUGCAGCUGUGGAUUCGAUGGUUAGAAGCUGCAAGCAGUUGGAGAGCGUCGAUAUAACUUAUUGCUGUGGUAUUGAAGUUGAGGGAGUUGAAGCUCUUGUGUUGAACUCCCUGCGGUUGAGACGACUUAAGGUGGAGCAAAGCAAACUUUCUGUGGAUGCUAGGACACGGACAGCGGAUAAAUUCAUUGAGGUUGUCUAUUGAUAGGUGAUUUGGCUAUCAAAGAAUUAAUACAGCUGACGAGCAUCUUCUCAUGGUCUUUGUUGCUAUUGUACAAAGCCAAAGGGGUAUAUAUUCUGUGGCGUUAUUACUUGUGCAGUUAUCUUCCUCGUGUUGAUUGUGUGCUGUAAAAUUGGUAAGAAUAUUUAUUUUGCCCUCAUCAACAUAAGCACCUUUGUUGUAAUCAUACGGUGGACUAUUAUUACAUGAGGGACAAACUCAAGUUGUAUAUUAAAUUUACUCUGCACAUGUUUUAAACA